AUGUUUGCGCGGUCAUUACGGCAGUCGUCGAGGCUGGCGAGUCGCAAUGCGGCGCGGCCCUUCUCCUCGAGUGUGCGGCGGCGAGCGGAGGUCGAGCUCACGGUCGACGGCAAGAAGGUCAGCAUCGAAGCUGGCUCAGCACUCAUUCAAGCCUGCGAGAAGGCCGGCGUCACCAUUCCCCGCUACUGCUACCACGAGAAGCUCAUGAUUGCGGGCAACUGCAGAAUGUGCUUGGUGGAGGUGGAGCGAGCACCUAAGCCGGUCGCGUCAUGUGCAUGGCCGGUGCAGCCCGGUAUGGUCGUCAAGACGAACAGCCCGCUUACCCACAAGGCAAGAGAAGGCGUGAUGGAGUUUCUGUUGGCCAACCACCCGCUCGACUGCCCCAUUUGCGACCAGGGUGGCGAGUGUGACUUGCAAGAUCAGAGCAUGCGUUACGGUUCGGACAGAGGGCGUUUCCAUGAGGUGGGCGGUAAGCGUGCGGUAGAGGACAAGAAUAUGGGUCCGCUGGUCAAGACAUCGAUGAACCGCUGCAUCCACUGCACCCGCUGUAUCCGGUUCGCAAACGACGUCGCUGGCGCACCCGAGCUCGGCUCAACUGGCCGUGGCAAUGACCUUCAAAUCGGUACUUACCUCGAGACAGCACUUGACACCGAGCUUUCCGGUAAUGUUAUUGACCUCUGCCCUGUCGGCGCACUAUUGUCCAAGCCAUACGCAUUCCGUGCUCGCCCUUGGGAGCUCCAACACACUGAGACAGUUGAUAUCCUUGACGGUCUAGGAAGCAACAUCAGGGUUGAUGCACGAGGAUUACAAGUCAUGCGCAUUCUACCAAGACUGAACGACGACAUCAACGAGGAGUGGCUCAACGAUAAGAGUCGAUUCGCCUGUGACGGUCUAAGCACCCAGCGUUUAACGACUCCUCUCAUUCGGCGAGACAACCAAUUCCAGCCUGCGACGUGGGAGCAGGUCCUGGUUGAGAUCAGCGAGAAGUUCAAGGAGCUUCAACCGAAGGGUGACGAGAUCAAGUUCAUCGCUGGUCAUCUCUGUGACACAGAAACACUCGCCGCGGCAAAGGAUCUUGCCAACAAGCUCGGCUCAGAGAACCUCGCACUCGACCAGCCCCAAGGCUCGUCACCCGUCGCUCACGGCAUAGACAUCCGCUCAAACUACGCUCUCAACUCCAAGAUUACUGGUGUUGAAGAAGCAGACUAUAUCCUGCUCGUCGGCACGAACCCAAGAUGGGAGGCUGCUCUUCUUAACGCCCGGAUACGCAAGCAAUGGCUACGGUCUGACCUUGAGGUCGGCAUGAUCGGCGAAGACUUCCCGUCCACCUUCGACUACGAGAAGCUCGGCGCAAAUGCUGCCGACCUGAAGACCGCACUCUCCGGCGACUUUGGCAAGAAGCUUGCAUCCGCCAAGCGACCCAUGAUCAUCAUCGGCUCCGGCGCCAUUGAACACCCAGAUGCCAAGGCCAUUUACGAGACCAUCGGCAGUUUCGUUGAGAAGAACAAGGGCAGCUUCCUCACCCCUGAAUGGAACGGCUACAACGUCCUUCAACGCGCCGCCGCUCGCACAGGCGCCUACGAGCUCGGCUGGUCGGUCCACAACCCAGAGUCCGCUAAAGUCACGCCCAAAUUCAUGUGGCUCCUCGGUGCGGACGAGAUUAGUCAAGAGGACAUUCCUAAGGACACCUUCGUCAUCUACCAAGGCCACCACGGCGACCGCGGCGCCCAACUCGCCGACGUCGUGCUCCCCGGCGCCGCGUACACGGAGAAACACGGCACAUACGUCAACACCGAAGGCCGCGUCCAGCUCGGCCGCGCCGCAACCUCCAUCUACGGCGCCGCGCGCGACGAUUGGAAGAUCCUGCGCGCCGUCUCCGAAGCCCUCGGCCAGCCUCUUCCCUACGAUGACGUCGAGGCAUUACGAGACCGCAUGGAAGAAAUCUCCCCGGCGCUGCGACGCUAUGAUAUUGUGGAGCCGGCGAGUCAGGCCAUGCAGGCAUUGAGCAAGGUGCAGUUGGUGGAUCAGAACAAGGGCAGUAAAGUCACCGGCGAGGCGUUUAAGCCGGUGAUUGAGAAUUUCUUCUUCACGGAUUCCAUUUCGAGGAGUAGUCCUACCAUGGCGAGGUGUUCGGCGGCCAAGGCGCAAAAGAAUAUGUACACCAACUUCAUGGCGCCGGGCGAGCCGGACCCGCAGGUAAACUAUGGGCCGACUGCCGCGGGUGCUUCUGCGUGA